CUGCGUUGGCAUCACAGGCUUGUUUGUUAUAUACAAAUAGGAGGAAGAGGUCCGGAACUUGGACACCUAAGCAGAAAAAAAUGGGGAUAGUGGAAGAAGCUCACAACGUGAAGGUUUUGGGAUCCGGCACGCGCUACAUAGUUCUGGCUCACGGCUUCGGCACAGACCAAUCCGUGUGGAAACACCUCGUACCUCAUCUCCUCGACGACUUUCGUGUGGUGCUCUACGACAACAUGGGAGCCGGCACCACCAACCCCGAUUACUUCGAUUUCGACCGCUAUUCCACCUUGCAAGGUUAUGCCUUCGACUUGCUUGCUAUCUUAGAAGAGCUUCGUGUUCAUUCAUGCAUCUUUCUUGGUCACUCUGUCUCCGCUAUGAUUGGUACUGUCGCUUCCAUUUCUCGCCCCGAUCUAUUCGCCAAAAUCAUCAUGCUCUCCGCUUCCCCUGGGUAUCUGAACGACACGGAGUAUUUCGGGGGGUUUGAGCAGGAAGAUCUGGACGAACUAUUCGACGCUAUGGCGGCGAAUUACAAGGCAUGGUGCUCAGGGUUCGCGCCGUUGGCCGUUGGUGGGGACAUGGAGUCCGUGGCGGUGCAGGAGUUCAGCCGAACCUUGUUCAAUAUGCGCCCAGACAUUGCGCUGAGCGUGUUGCAGACCAUUUUCCAAAGCGACAUGCGUCAAAUUCUCAACCUCGUCACAGUCCCAUGCCACAUCAUCCAAAGCAAGAAGGACUUAGCGGUUCCCAUCGUGGUCUCCGAGUACCUUCACCAAAACAUCGGCUGCGACUCCGUCGUUGAAGUCAUGUCGACGGAGGGCCACUUGCCGCAACUGAGUUCUCCCGAUAUCGUUAUUCCCGUGCUGCUGAAACACAUUCGCCUCGACAUUGUAACGAAGCAGUAACGGAUGGGAGAAAACUAAAAGUUUGGUUAAGUGUAAAUUAAUUUCUCAUCAUAAAAACUUGUAUUUUUUUUAAUGUAAUGUCUGAAAGAAGUUUUAUAUCAUUCAGAAAUUGAGGUGAAUGAUAAUUUACAUUUUUUUUUUGUCUUAAA